UCCAAUUCCAGGAUGCCCGAUUCCGUGGAGGACACCUCCACCACCUCGCUGCGGAUUUGCCUGGAAGGACAUGCGAAUGCCUUGGCCUUGAACAAGGACAACAACCAGAUCGCUUUGGCUGGGCGAAGCUUGCUCAAGGUUUACUCCAUAAACAGCAAUGGCUUCACGGAAUCAUGUAAUAUGCGCGGGAAGAACCAGAAUCUUAGCUACUCCGCCAACGAUGUGGCCUGGUCCACCUUGGAUAGCAAUCUCCUGGCCACGGCGGCCACAAAUGGCGUGGUUUCCGUGUGGGAUCUCUCCAAGUUCGGCAGGCAGAAGCAGCUGCUGGUCUACAACGAACACGAGCGCACUGCCCACACGGUGACCUUCCAUAGCAGCGAACCCAACAUUUUGAUCUCGGGCUCCCAGGAUGGCACCAUCAAAUGCUUCGACAUCCGAUCGGAUAAGUCCGUGAAUACCUACUUUUGCAACUCGGAGUCCGUGCGGGAUGUGAAGUUCAGUCCGCACACGCAGAACAUCUUCUCCGCCGUCUCCGAAAAUGGAACCGUCCAGCUGUGGGACAUGCGCAAGUGGGACAAGUGCAUGGUGCAGUUUACGGCGCACUAUGGUCCCGUUUACACCUGCGAUUGGCAUCCCACGCGGAAUUGGCUGGCCACCGGCAGUCGGGACAAGCAGAUCAAGGUGUGGAACAUGGACGGCAGGCCGGGAUUGGAGCACACCAUCCACACGAUCGCCGUAGUGGGCAGGGUCAAGUGGCGGCCAGAGAGAACUUAUCACAUUGCUAGCUGCGCUUUGGUGGUGGACUACAGCGUUCAUGUGUGGGACAUCCGGCGGCCGUACAUCCCCUUUGCCUCCUUCAACGAGCACACCAAUGUCACGACUGGAAUCGCGUGGCAGGGCAGCGAUUCCCACUGCCUGCUGUCCAUCAGCAAGGAUUCAACCAUCUAUAAACAUGCCUUUAAGGAUGCCACCAGGCCAGCGUUGAAGGCCAACGCGCAGGGAGCCAGCUGGGGAAGAUUCGGGGACAUCUCCUUUGCCAACAAGAUCAAGGAGUAUGCUCCAAAGACUAGUGGCGCCUCCAACACAAAGUCCUCCAGUUUCAUUCGCCGGAAAACGAAUGUGGCUGGCAGCAUUCAGUUCCAUUUGGACCAUUCCAAGAUGUACAAAUUCAUGGUUAACGAAUCGUUUUCUGGUUUUCCCUUGAGUGAAUCUGUUUCGCGUCCCACCCAGGAACACGAGAGUUUCAUUGGCUGCGCCAGGGAACUGAUUAUUAGCGGCAAAAAGUUGGCUGAGCUUUGCGAGCAUAAUGCAGAGGUCUCCAAAAAAUACGGCAAACAUAAUGCCACAACAUUGUGGAACUUCAUCAAGCUGUUCUACGGCAGCAAUCAUUUCGAGCCUCCUUUCGAACAUCGCUCCUCCUUCUCGAAUCAAAAGAAUCCGAUGAACUCUCGACGUGCCACCCAAGUGGCCAGCGAUUGGCCCCAGCAGCGCAGUGAUCUCGGCCAGGAUCUCAAUGGAAACACGCCGGAGACAGCGCAUGAGAUCGAUGUGGCAAAUGUGGACGAUGAUCCGCUCGGCGGCAGCGGUGUGGAGCAUCCGCCCACAAGUUCAGUGAUUCUGUCCGAGACGCAAAUCAUCAGCGAGAUUACCUUUGAUAACUUUGAGCUGUUGCGCAAUGGAUUUAUUUAUGUGGGUCCCACUGAAUGCGCAAAAGCUUUGGCCUUUCCUGCCCUUCAUCACGAUGUUCAGGCAGCUCGCCCUCAACUGGAUCUCAAAGCCUCCGAUCACGAGAAGUCUCCUCCGCCACAUGUUCCCACUGUCCUGAAAGUCAGUCAUGUCCCUCCAAUUCCCAUGUGGGAGCCACAUAAAUUCGUUUCCGAUGCCCUCAUGCUGAUGAACGAUGUGGGUGAUGUGCAAACAGCGCUGACAGUCCUUAUAGCCUUGGGAGAAGCUCGGAAAUUGUUGCCCAUCGAGGAUGCAUUGGUGGAGCACUGGUUCUACACCUAUGUGGACCAACUGCAUCGCUAUGAGCUGUGGAACGAGGCCUGCGAGGUGAUCAACCGCUCCUGGCUGAGAUCAGUGCAGCAGCUCAACCAGCACUCGACAGCCAUGCACACGAACUGCGGGGAAUGUGGACGCCCCAUGGGCGGCAAGGUGGGAUGGUAUUGCGACAAGUGCAAGUCAAUGCAAUCGGCCAAGUGCUGCGUCUGUGGGCUGAUCGUCCGCGGAGUGUACGCCUGGUGCCAAGGUUGCUCCCACGGAGGACACAUCGAGCACCUGCAGAAGUACUUUGCCAAGCACUCCAAGUGCCCCAAGUGCGGACACCUUUGCGCGUACUCAUGAGACACGGAGGAGGCUGGGUUCACCCAGCUUCUGCCUCCCAUUUAAGUCCCUUGUAAAUAGAGAAGUCUUCGGCCUAAUAAGUACCUUGCAAAAGAGCACUAAAGA